AUGUCCUCUCAUAAUCACCACCAUAAUCACCCCGAUCACCACGCACACUCGUCUCAUCAACACGGCCCAACGCAUGAUUCCUCCGUGCACUCCCCCCAUCGACACAACCACGCCAACAACCCCAACCACCAUCCAUCCCUGCAAGGACACAGCGGUCCCGGCGGUGCUGGUGGUCCGACCACGCACGACAAAAUAACCACGGACCCGACCGCAACAACCAUGGGCACCAUCACCACGGGCCAAGGCCACAACAUCUCCACCGCCCCCAGCGCGACAUAUACCAGCUCUUCAGACCCGUCGACCGCACCGCACGCGCCCUCCACGCACAAGAUACUCGGCGACAUCAAGGGCGCGGUGCACGGGGUGACGGGCUCGCUCCAAGCGGCCACGGGGACCGUGUUGGGUCAGAAACACAUGGCCGACAAGGGUUUUGCAAAGAUGGGCGAAGAGGAUGCGCGCUUGGCAGCGAAGACGGGCAAGCCACCAGUGGGUACUGAGCAGCGGGGCACGGUCGUGCCGCCAGAGUCGACCUCUUCCACCUCCUCCACAGGUACAGGUGCAGGCGCUGCCGAGCAUGGGAGGGGUCUCGCUCACGACCGAACCUGA